ACCUUCAGAGAGCAAUCUCUAUUGUGGAGCAACAGAUCAGUAUAGAAGUUGAAAAUCAUGGUCCUAAGACAGAAACCGGCGAAUUAUUCGGAAUCGUUGCCGGAAGCGAGUUUCAGCAUAAAUUUUUUGCAUUUUGUGGGCUAUAUAUCGAGCCAUGGACAUUGGAUCAUCUUCUUCCUCUUAAUCUACCUCAAAGAAGCUACUGCAGGGACCUAGAGACAAUAGUUUGUUGUUCCUCCAAAACACCCACAGGUCACAUAAUAUAUUCCAUGAUGCACAGUAUGAUAUAGGAAUUUUGGAGCCCAGGCGCGUAGAUAGCGCAGCGUGGAAAUAUAUAAAAGAUGCACCGACGAUGACAAAGGAAUACAUUGAGAAAUUUGGUUUUGGACCGUUUUCUAGAGUUGGGUCCAUAAGAUGUGACCAUGCCCUACUUACAGCUCUUGUGGAGCGAUGGCGCCCAGAGACCCAUACUUUUCAUUUACCUUUUGGGGAGGCUACUAUCACACUGCAGGACGUUGAGGUUCUUUUGGGGCUUCGGGUUGAUGGACGUCCGGUUACAGGACAUCACACAACGCCUGAAGGUGGUUGGGCUACCUAUUUGGAGAGAAUGUUUGGAUUUAGGUUCCAGACAGAGUAGUCUAGAUUGACGAGCAUUUCUAUCACUGAAAUAAAGACUCACAUAGAGAACAAUCCUUUGACGGACCAGUCCCCCGACAAGGCACACCUACAGCGAGCCCGUUGUUUUGUUGGAUGGCUAGUUGGCGGAUUACUAUUCUCUAACACUACGAGAAACAGUUUUCCACUCAAUCUUGUGCAUUUUCUGCAUACUCCCAAGAUUUGCUCGAAGUACAGUUGGGAUAGCGCGGCACUAUGUUACUUGUACCGCAGCAUGUCCAAGUCAUCUCUGGCCGCUUCCGCAAAGGCUAUUACCGGCUAUGUGAUUCUUCUUCAGCUCUGGGCCUGGGAGCGGAUUUUGACUGUUCAGCCAAAGAUACUGGGUGGCGAGCUCGAUCUUUCUCAUUGUCCAUUGGGCACGGGGUGGUCCCGUGAGAAAAAAGUUCAAGGUAUCACACGGUUCAAUUUGGCCGCCUACCGGGAUUAAGCUUACAGUUCUCACAGAGUCAGAUGUUAGUAUUCAUUUCAAUUACUGUAACAUAUUCUUUAUUGGAUUUUUUUAAUGGUGCAGGACUUUUAAUUAUGCGUCUCUUACUAUAUUACCACUGCAGUUUGUAUGGAUGCCGUACACGACUCUUCUGGGCCGUAUUGCCAGGGUUUGUCUUGUGGGACAGGGCAUAUGGCGAUCUCAGACAUGGCUCAUCUGCGGUGAUGUCGUUGUGUCACGGGCUUACUUUUUCAAAGUAACGGCCGUGCGGCACUAGCACAAAACAACUAACGAUCAAGUGCUAGCUCAGCCUUAAGACCCCCAAAGCGUGCAAAGCUAGGCAAGACCUUAAAGAACGGAGGCAAAGAAAAACUUAAGGAAGGUUGAAAGUGAAAGAAUGAUGAAGGCGCAAGAGGCUUAAGGAAUCUUGAAACUCUACUCAAAGCUUGGAUGGUUACAAAUGGAGGGCAUGGGGUAUUUAUAGGCAAACCCCCAAGUCCUAAAGAAUUCUAGAGAAUUCUAUGUACAUAAUAAAAUAAUGGGAUUCUAGAGAAUUCCUACAAUAAAAUAUUCUAAGUUCAAAAUAUCUACAAGUCUCUAGAAUCUUUUACACGAUUCUAGCAAACUCGGGUAGCUUCCAUACGGUUCCACUCGUUUCUAGAGAGUUCCGGGCCUCUCUAGAAAAUUCCAGAGUCUUCAAGAUUUGACCGGAAAAUUCCACAAGGCUCUAGACCGUUCUGUCCCAUGUCCGUCUACGAAAAUAGCCCGUUUCGCAUCAAACCACCCGAAUUCAUGGUGAAGAAAAACUGUCCGUGACAGUUGCGCCACACAACCCCAGUAGGGUAUUUCGCCAAUUUGGUUAUCACCAGAGGAUACCCGGCGACGGAUUGCUUCUCACCGCGGGGGAAAUUACUAGCCUGCUCAAGAGGAAGCCGUUUGGAGGAUCCGAUAGGAGAUGGAUACAACAACUAGGGAUAUAUCUCCAGGUUUGGAAUGAUCGCCACGGCAGACUUGUGGGGACUGAUGAUGAUUAUGUUGGCGAGCCUACAGCAGAUCCGGAGUAUCUCUUGUGGUACCAUCAGGUUACUGUAAAGUAUGUUACGGAUCCGAUGGAUUCUGAAAAUGCGAGGGAUUUUCACGGCUCUGCAGAGACCUUGCGCCUCAUGGCCACAUUGAUGGAGGACGUUCGUAGUCUGAGUAUUAUAGGCCAGCGUACUUUCAACAAGGACUCCUUUGGUUAUGAUCGCUUAGGCGAGAUUGCCCAGGUUGCUGAGCGGGCGUUGUCCGUCAAUGCAACAAAUGUUGUACGUCACGAUCUCGAGAGGCAGGUUGAGGUUAAUGACAUUUUGAGUCAAGAACUUGCAUCUAUAGACUCGACCCAGCAACAUCCACCUCCCAGACCUCCGAGGCGUUAGCGCAAGUCUCAGCGUGGGCGUGGGGGGCAAGAGACAAUCAAGCCCACUCAGCCACAUCAGUCCUCCCAGCAUCAGCAGUCUCAUAUCCCCUUCACUGACGGUUCAUCCCAUCAGUCUCCACUUAUGUCUCCACACCAUUCUUCUUAGCAUUUAUCCCAUUAGUCUCUACAUCAUUCAUUCCAUCAGUCUCCACAUCAGUCUCCCCAUCAUUCUUCGCCGACCCAACAGGCGUUUUACCGUCCCAUUAUAUCUCCCUAGCACCAGCAGUCCCAUUUUGCCUUCACUCAGAUUUCCUCCCUUCAGACUUCUCAGCCUCAGUUUGGAGAUGUUUUUAUUGAUUUUUCUGGGUUCCAGCAGAGUUCUCUAGAUGGCCAGUCAAUACAUUACACGAGUAACUUUCUUUCGAGUAUGUUCCAGGGUGUUGCGGGUCAGCAUUAGGCUGAUGACCCAGCUGGAGGUGAGCGUGAGAGUCAGGGUGAAGAUGAGGCUGAGGAUGCAGACCAGCAUGAUCAGUUUGAGGGUCAGGGUUAUCAGCGCCAUGAGGAGCAGGGAUCGAGUCAGACUCUAAGGACUCCACCGUUGGCUGUGAGUAAAGGCCAGAGAGUGACAAAGGAUCUCGAUAGAUUGACUUAUAGCCAUUUUCGGGCUAAAAAGCCCAAGAAGAAGUAGGGUACUAGACUUUUUAUGUAGUAUUAUUAGACUUGUAUUUUUUUUUUUUCUUUUGUUCAUUUAUGUUUUUUUUUCCUUUUGUUAUGACUUGUUUUUUUUUUUUCCUUUUGUU